AUGAUUGCUUCUCAGUUCUAUAGAUCCUUCAACUUUUUUUUAUUCGACAACAUUCUGAACUAUUUGCUCCAUUAUCAGCUGGAGUCGUUCAAGAGGCAUCUGAUGCAGUCACUCCGUGAUGAUAGUACAUCGCCGCAAGAAACGGUUGACAUUACAACAUGUGAUCAGUCAGUAUCAUCCAAAACAUCGUCCUGUGGAGACGGAUCUAUCAGCCACACUGCAGCAAAUUUGUUGAAUGGGUCUGGGGAUCUUGGAAGCACGACAAGAGAAGUGGCAAGGCCUCCACUCCAAAAGUAUGCCCUCUCCCCACACAUCAACCAACGCCUUACGCCAGAAGCCACACCAAAUAUAAUGUCCACCUCUGCUUCUCCAAGAGGAAUGUCUACCACAGCAACACCAAAGUUGGUAUCUGGAGCUACCUCGCCUUCAAGAACUCGAAUUGAAGGACACAUGUCAAUGACACCAUGGUAUUCAAGCAAGCAGUCGUCUGCAGCUAACUCACCUCCAAGGGGACGUCCUAACCCAGGUCGCACUCCUCGUAUUGAUGGAAAAGAAUUUUUCCGUCAGGCCAGGAGCCGUCUAUCAUGCGAACAGUUUGGAGCGUUCUUAGCGAACAUCAAAGAGCUGAAUGCUCAUAAGCAGUCACGAGAGGAAACCCUCAAGAAGGCCGAAGAGAUAUUCGGUCCAGACAGCAAAGAUCUAUACCUCUCUUUCCAAGGCUUACUAAACCGCAGCUUGCCGUAG